CAACAGUUUCGGAUCAUGGUGGAGAAUAGGAAGUCUUUUGGGAUCAAGACUCAACGGCAGUUGUUCCAGCAGGAGAGGCAAAUCCAUGCCUUGAAACAAGAGCACGACGAGAUCAAUUUACUUCUGAGUAUCACCAAGUCGCCGCGGAACCUUUUCAUCGACGACCGCAACUGCAUGGAGCUUAAAUUCCUUUUGCAGACCAAAGACGAGUACGACGCCCUCAUCAGAGCCACCAAGGCCUUGAUCUCUGAACUGGACGACAAGAUAACGGAACUGGAGAACAAGAUUAAGAAACAGAAAAUGCUUGUGAUCAAAAUGAGGCAGGAGUACGACGGCAGGUGGUUGCAGAAGCAGGUCCAGCUCUUGGACAACCGACUCAACCACGUCACGGUUUAUUUUGACACCAUCCUGACCACCAAUGCCAAACUCCGCGAGGAGAUAGAGAACCUCCAGUGCCGGAAGUCUGUCUUUGAUACCAUCUACUCCCGGCUUCACAAACAGCUAGAGCAGCAGAGGAAGACAAUGGAGUUGUCUAUUGAGCAGUCGACGCAGGCCUACGAGCAAAGGGUGGAGGCCCUUGCCAGGAUCUCUGCGAUGAAGGAGCGGCGCUGCAAGGACAUUGCGCAGUUCAACAUUGAGUUUCGGGAGCUGGAGCGGAUCUACAACCACGAGACCAAGCUGAAAGCCUUCAUGCUCAUCAAGCUGGUCGACCGCUCGGAAUUUGAGGAGCAGGCCAAAAAGGAAGAAGCUCUCAAGGCCAAGAAGCGAGCCAAGUCCAAGGGGGAGAGCUUUGAGAGUUACGAGGUUGCCUACAUGCGGCUGAUGAAGCUGACGGAAAACGGGGACAUUGAUCUGCUGGUGGAGGAAUUCAUUGAGAAGGAGGAGAAGAACUUUGCCUACUUCAGCUACGUCACUGAGCUGAACAAUGACAUGGAGAGGCUGCAGAAGAGGAUCGAAGACAUCCAGAAUGAAAUCAGCAAGCUGAAAUCCGAGCACAAGAAGGCAGAAGACAUCAUUCACAGCAAUAUGAAAGAAAUAGAGGAGAAGCUGCAGAAGACCACGGAAGAUGCCAACCUGUACGAAUACAAGCUGAAAGAGAGCAGCAAGAUCCUGGACCAGCUGAAGCAGGCGGUGGACUUCCUGUUCAAGCAAACUGGCUGCGAUGCCACCAAGAUCAGGGAGCACCUGGGCGAGACGGGGGAGAUAACAGAUCAGAACCUGAUGCAGUAUUUCAGCAUCGUGGAGAAGAAAAGCAACGACCUCUUGCUGAUUGAAUCUUUCCUACGCUACAAGGAGCUGGAGGGGGAGCUGGACUCAGUCCCCAUGCUGAACCCCUUUUUGGGCGGCUCCGCCUUCCUGAAGAAACUGGAGGCCAUUAAGAUUACGGCACCUUCUCUCAGCGUCGAUCCCUUCGCGGAGACGCUGGAGCCCUUGGAGGGUCCUCUGGACCACAGCACCCUGCGGGCAAUGAUCCUGGAGAGGGAGAAAUCGCGUAAGACCUCAGUGGAGAGAAUGGACGGCAGCCGAGAAAAAAAGAAGUACUCCACCUUACCCUAAGAGAAGGCAGGCAGGCACCCCGGCCAGGAAGCCCAGGGAUUCUCAGCCCAG